GGCCGCCCGCCCGCCCGCCCCUCCCGGCUCCCCGCGGACCUCCAGGUUUCUUGCUGUUUCGUAGCAAACAAGAAAAAUGUUCUACGCACAUUUUGUCCUCAGUAAAAGAGGGCCUCUGGCCAAAAUUUGGCUGGCGGCCCAUUGGGACAAGAAGCUAACCAAAGCCCAUGUGUUUGAGUGUAACUUAGAGAGCAGUGUGGAGAGCAUCAUCUCACCAAAGGUGAAGAUGGCACUACGGACAUCAGGACACCUCCUCCUGGGAGUUGUCCGAAUCUAUCACAGGAAAGCCAAAUACCUCCUCGCAGACUGUAACGAAGCCUUUAUCAAGAUAAAGAUGGCUUUCCGGCCAGGUGUUGUCGAUCUGCCUGAGGAAAAUCGGGAAGCAGCUUAUAACGCCAUUACGCUACCUGAAGAAUUUCAUGAUUUUGAUCAGCCACUGCCAGACUUAGAUGACAUCGAUGUCGCCCAGCAGUUCAGCCUGAACCAGAGCAGAGUGGAAGAGAUAACCAUGAGAGAAGAAGUUGGGAACAUCAGUAUCCUACAGGAAAAUGAUUUCGGUGACUUCGGGAUGGAUGACCGUGAGAUAAUGAGAGAAGGCAGUGCCUUUGAGGACGAUGACAUGUUAGUGAGCACCAGUGCCUCCAACCUGCUCUUAGAGCCUGAGCAGAGCACCAGCAAUCUGAACGAGAAGAUCAACCACCUAGAGUAUGAGGACCAGUACAAAGACGACAACUUCGGAGAAGGCAACGAUGGCGGCAUCUUAGAUGACAAACUUAUAAGUAAUAAUGAUGGUGGCAUCUUUGACGACCCCCCUGCCUUGUCUGAGACAGGGGUCAUGUUGCCAGAGCAGCCUACACAUGAUGAUAUGGACGAAGAUGACAAUGUGUCAAUGGGUGGGCCUGAGAGCCCCGAUUCAGUGGAUCCUGUUGAGCCGAUGCCAACUAUGACUGACCAGACAACACUUGUCCCAAAUGAGGAGGAAGCUUUUGCACUGGAGCCCAUUGAUAUAACUGUCAAAGAAACAAAAGCCAAGAGGAAGAGAAAGCUGAUUGUUGACAGUGUCAAAGAAUUGGAUAGUAAGACCAUUAGAGCCCAGCUUAGUGAUUAUUCAGAUAUCGUGACAACUUUGGACCUGGCCCCGCCCACCAAGAAGCUGAUGAUGUGGAAGGAGACAGGGGGAGUGGAGAAGCUGUUCUCCUUGCCAGCUCAGCCGCUCUGGAACAACCGGCUGCUGAAGCUCUUCACGCGCUGUCUCACACCACUUGUACCAGAAGACCUUAGGAAAAGGAGGAAAGGAGGGGAAGCGGACAACUUGGAUGAGUUCCUCAAGGAGUUUGAGAACCCAGAGGUUCCUCGAGAGGAGCAGCAGCAGCAGCAGCAGCAGCGGGAUAUCAUCGAUGAGCCCAUUUUGGAGGAGCCAAGCCGCCUCCAGGAGUCAGUGAUGGAGGCCAGCAGAACAAACAUCGAUGAGGCAGCCAUGCCCCCACCACCCCCUCAGGGAGUUAAGCGGAAAGCUGGACAAAUUGACCCAGAGCCCGUGAUCCCUCCUCAGCAGGUGGAGCAGAUGGAAAUCCCACCAGUAGAGCUUCCCCCAGAAGAGCCUCCAAAUAUCUGUCAGCUGAUCCCAGAGCUGGAGCUCCUGCCAGAGAAGGAGAAGGAGAAAGAGAAGGAGAAGGAGGAGGAGGAAGAGGAGGAGGAUGAAGAUGCUUCAGGGGGUGACCAGGAUCAGGAAGAAAGGCGGUGGAACAAAAGGACCCAGCAGAUGCUCCAUGGUCUUCAGCGAGCUCUUGCUAAAACUGGAGCUGAGUCUAUCAGUUUGCUUGAGCUGUGUCGAAACACAAACAGAAAGCAGGCUGCAGCCAAGUUCUACAGCUUUUUAGUUCUGAAAAAGCAGCAAGCCAUCGAGCUCACCCAGGAAGAGCCGUACAGUGACAUCAUCGCAACACCUGGACCAAGGUUCCAUAUUAUCUGAGGAGCUAGAGGCAUUAGUUCUAGUGUUAACUCACUAGUACACGCAAAUUGCCCCCGUGUGUAGGGCACCAAAACCCUAUAAGGAAGUUUUUAGAUUUUUGUUUGUACAAAAUCUUUGCCUUUUCUUUCUUCAUUUUCCCCCCAGUGUUUCUAAUUUGUCCACCAUCUUUAAAGGGAAACUGCUUAUUUGGGCUGGGAUUGUAUUCCUGGAGAGAACAGUACCCCAAGAACCCAGAAGACUUAAUCAGCCAGAACAGAUGUGUGCAAUAUUGGUGCAUGUGAGUAACAGUCAGAAGUCCCCAUUUUUAUGUUAGUUUUCCAUUACUGUGUUGAAAGGAAAACCUGCCUGGGAAAUUGCCUGACACUUUUAGAGCUGUGGUUUGAGUCCCCUGAUGGGAAGAGACAAUGUCUUCCCGUCGGUGGAACCAGCAGUUGGUCACUUGUACCCAGGGAUAGCACAUGAAGCAUCAUGAUGUCUUCUUGAUCAUGUUUAAAGUAUUCCAUAAUGAGCAGGAAUCUGUGACUUGUGUUGUAACUGAUCCUCUUGGACUAUUCUGUUGUGAAAUCAUUCCGUGAGUCUUAGGAGCUUGGACAUUAGUGCAGCUCAGGGUGAUUGAUGGGAGACAUCUCCUGUGGCGUGACUCCAGGGGCUGCCGAUGACUUUUAAAAGUUGUUUGGGUAUGUUUGCUUGAGUAAUGCGAUCAUGAAAAUAGAAAGUCUGCUGAGGGUCAGGCUGGUGAGAAACGACACCAGAUUGACUUUGCUUUAAGCAAACAGUGCUGUAAAAACUAACGGCUUCUCUGAUAUUUAUUAUAAAUGUUAGUACUGAUCUCUUUCCAAUUCUGCACACUCCUGUGUUUGAAAAUUAUUUUAAAUCGCUUCGCAACUGUAAUCCUGUAUCAGUUUCCUAUAAUUUAAAUGGAGAAAAACAUCGAGAUAAAGGCUUUAUUAUUAACAGACCAGAUAGCACCAGAAAUUAUGUGACUAUAUGAAUAUCAAAAUACGUCUUCACUUGUAGGGAAAAAUUAUGUUGAAAGUUCUAGCUUAAGUGUUGGCACUUUUAUGGGGGGGAAAUCAAUUUUAAAACUAAGACUUCCAUGUAUAACCAGUACUUUUAAAUUAUGUGAAAUAUUUUAAAUUUGUGAACUCGUAAUUACUAUUUUAAUGAUUCAGUUUCUUGAGAAUGGUAAUUGUAUAAAAUUGCUCUUGCAGUUUUAUUUUCAAUACGACGUGCCUGUAAACCAUGGAUAUCCCCUUUGUAAAAAGACAUUGUAGAUAAUUGAAUGCUUGAUUAUAGAAAGGUCAUUAGUUUCUUGUUACACAUUUUGUUAGUCUGGUUUUUGUCGCUUAUUGGGUUUAAUAUUGUUCUUGAAAAUAGUUGAUGCUAUGUUAUGUAUAACUUUUCUAAUAAAAGUUGUGGUUCAUGCUGUACAUUUCAGAAUAUACUCAGUUGGUGGUAUAUCCCAGGAGAAAUGUCAACUGAAAAACGUUAACAUGACCAAAUAUUUAAUUUGCCUUACCUGGAAUAAUCUAUGCUAAUUGAUUUUUUUAAGUUUAGUAGUCAUGUGAAUAACAGUGACCAUUAUCCAACAACUUGUGCUGAAAGGCUGCACAGUCUUAAGGUAAUUAAGGUAAUUCUAAACUUUAAGCAAAGGUGCUUAGAGUCCGUACACACAACAAAUUGUUCUGCUUCCUAGAGCUCACAUUGUAACAGGGAGACAAGUAACAAUAUGCUUGCAUCAGGGGUCCGGAGUAGGGCCGUAGGCUGCAGUGUUAGCGAAGAGCAGUUCCAGGAAGCCUCUUGGAGAAGGUGCAUCUGCAAGUGUAGAGAGAAGUAGGGGUCACAUAGCGGGGACUGUACAGGCAGCACACGGAGCAGAAGCAGGUAAGAGUCAGAUUGCUGUCCACUUGGGCCACACCCCCAGUGCGCCUUAAACCGGCUAGAUGGGCCGUGCCCUGCAGAGUGGCCUGGUCUCCUGCCUCCUAGUCAGUAGUAACUAAUGAACAGAGAGAACUGUAAAGUCUGUGGGUCCGCUGCCACAAUCUUGGAGGGAUAUUGAUGCUUCUGAAUGAUGUUUAUACAUUGUGAUUGAGAGUAAUUCCUGGCAUGGUGCCACCACAACCUGAAUUAUGUGCCGGCUUUGAGACUUGAUACUUGCAGUUAAAAUGACCAGGAUUUGGAACUUCACUCUGCCUUUUAUGUGUGGUCUUGAAAAUUACAUGACAUAAGGAAUAGUGAAGUGUCUAAAACUAGGUGUCGAAUAAAUGAUUUGUGAAAACGUUUGA